CUUGACCACUUCCAAAUAAGCGCUUAUUUUGUAUGUGAUGGAUGAUCUGUAUCCAAGGCUCUCUACUUAUGAGUUUGACUAUACAACUGAUAUCAACAAGAAGAUGCGUAUCCCAGAAAAACUUUCAUACGACUCCGAUAAUUCAGCAACACUCAGUGAAGGUCAUGAUGUUUCUUUUCGCAAUUAUCCAGUUGCAGAUUUAAGUGCGAAACUUAAUUAUACUUACUUUACAGUUUUAGAUGCCAAACGCUCAUCAGAGUACGCCCUAGGAUAUAGUCCUGAUCUACUGAAAAACAGUGACAUUCGCUCGAAAUUAGUUUGCAGUGCUCAAGCUCAAGCUUCUUCUCAGUCGUCAGAUGGUUCAGCUAAGGCUAAAGCUUCUGCUGGAGUAUUCUGUGAAACUUCUAGUCAUCGAGCACAAGAACGCCUUCGUGUAUCAAGAUCUUCCUCCACUGACUUGAAAAACGGAUAUCCCAUUUGGAAUUUCAACAAGCUCUCAUGAAAGGGGGAUUAACAGUGUAUAUAUUAUAUCGCAUCAUAAGAUGGAUUAUAAAAAAUUCGUGAUAAACUUGUUAUAAUGAUCAUCAUCCCAAUGUAUUUUCAAACAAUCAUAUUUUCUUAAUAAGUCUAAUGUAAAGUUGAUGAUUACCUUCCUAUCUGUUUUUAAUUCAAACUGUCUAGAUUACAUACAGUGCCGUCGCAUCUGCCAGCACAGUAGUGAAUCAUUGUAGGAUUUUCUUUCAGUUGUCUUCUUGAUUUUAAAGAGAAAAAUCCACUAUCUUCCACAAAUAUUCUAUACAUACAUCAUCAGAGUGCAUUUAAUGUGUAUCACUCAUUUUAAAAUAUAUAAGUAUUAUUCCUGUUUUUAAAACUUUUGAUAUGUAGUUUAAUUUCUGUUCUGUUUUUUUUAUCAUCCAUUUUCGACAGACAGUAUUGUUUUGUUCGGUAUUCUUCAUCAUAUAAACUUCAUGCCAAGCUCCUGUAUUAAUCAAAGGUUUUAAACUAUUGAUAGACACAAAAAUAGAUACUUCACUUAAUAAUAGUAUUAAAGAACUAUAUAUAUUGCCAGCUAAUCGGUCCUGUUUUUGAUCUGUCGAUAGACUUGUUAUAAAUUAAUUGUCAUACAACUCAGCUCAAUGACUAAUUACAAAUGUAUGCACUAGUUUUUAGGUCAAACCUCUUUGUUUGAUAGCUAGUGAUACUGCUCGACUGCUCAAUCAGGGGCAGAUGAAGUAAGGUUUUGAAUCAGUGAUGACUGUAUGGUUGAGAAUUAUAUAUCUUUCAACACUAAAUCACAGCUAACUUAUCAGUUAUACCAUUGAGUUUUAGACUUUAAGUGACAUCAGCAUUUUCCUCAUUAUGAACUACUCUCGAAUUCUGAUUUAAGUAUCCGUAUAUGCAUUUGUAUUUCUUUCUUGCCUAUGAAUACUUUUUUAGUUUUUCCAAAAUAAAGGAAAAUAUAUGUACUUAUGCAUAGUCUGAACUAUUAGGAAAUGUUUCCAUAGAUCUGGUUUCAGCCAGUCUAAAAAUGCCUUGCAUUUGUUCAUAUUGUGGCUGUAGUAUUUAUAUUGUCUAUCUCACUCUCUUUCAUCCUGAUGACUACUUCAUUGUAAUAUCAAUAAAUUGCUUCCCAAUCAUAGUUACCAUCUUCAACGAUUUUACUGGUAUAGUAUCACAAUAAUAGAUUUAAUUAGUAUAUCCUAUUGCUGUAUAUAAUUCCAUCAUUUGUAAUGAGAUCUCUUAAUACUAUGAACUUGGUUCUCCAUAUUUGGUUUCAAAACACUAGUUUUAAAUAGAUAUAUAUUUUUUGCUCUUCACUAAAAUCUUUGAAUUAUUUGAA